UGUUCUGUAAUGAUUAACUCCUUUUCUGCCUCCACGCUCUUCUCUUUCACUUCACAACGUCAACGUGCUUCUCAUUCUGGACACGCAGGAAAAGACACAGGAACACACGCAGGAAGAGACACAGGAAGAGACACAGGAAAAUACACAGGAAUACACGCAGGAAGAGACACAGGAAGAGACACAGGAAGAGACACAGGAAGAGACACAGGAAAAGACACAGGAACACACGCAGGAAGAGACACAGGAAGAGACACAGGAAAAUACACAGGAAUACACGCAGGAAGAGACACAGGAAGAGACACAGGAAGAGACACAGGAAGAGACACAGGAAGAGGCACAGGAACAUACACAGGAAGAGACACAGGAAGAGACACAGGAAGAGACACAGGAAGAGACACAGGAACACACACAGGAACACACACAGGAAGAGACACAGGAACACACACAGGAAGAGACACAGGAACACACACAGGAAGAGACACAGGAACACACACAGGAAGAGACACGGGGAAUUACAACACCAGUAUGGAGGGAUGAUGACCUGGCUAGCAGCUCAAUCACACAGAAUUCAGGCUGUAAGAAGGUGACUAUCGGGUUUGAAUCCAUGACUCCAUGAUGAAUACACAUGUAGUUAUGAGAGACGGGCGAGUGCUGUCAAGGGCUGAGUUCUUGUCAUUGCUGAACACAUACAACUGUUUUCUGAAAGACAAGACCCAGCAGCAUCUUGUCUUCUAUGAGAGAGAUGGAGAGGUGGUGUUCGAGGGAUUCCUGACUAUCUCCUGGGGAGUACGGCAGCCCAUCAGGCUCAAAAUACAGGAUGACAAACAACAACCAAUCACCAGCCUCCUGUCACCUGACCCAGUCAGUCCAGUCAGUCCUCAUGGACGCAAGAGGGGGAUGACACGAUGGGGGGAGUUUGAAGAUCUCCAUCAGAUCAAUGAGACAGAGGAGACCAACAAGCAGCAUCCUGCAGAGGAGACCAGCAACCACACGACAGGGAGCUACAGGAGUUAUGAAAGCUGUACGCUGCGUCCCACCCCCACAAAGCAGAAGACGGAGGUGGAGGAGGAGCAGUCCAACCUGAUCCGCUGUAUGAGUGAUGCUUCCUUGGUGAAGAGGAGGGUGAAGAGGAGUCCCUCACAGAGAGAGAGGAACAGGCAACACUGCUUCUCCAUCAACGGACACUUCUAUAACUACAAGACGGCUAUAUUCACUCCAACCUAUGGAACAUCCACUAACGUCCGUAUCAACAGCAAAAUGACAACACAUCAGGUCAUAUCACAGCUCCUUCAGAAAUUCAAGAUAGAAAAUGAUCCUAAUGAGUUUGCCCUCUACUGUGUCCAUCAAAGUGGAGAGAAGAAGAAGCUGUCGGACUCAGAUCUGCCACUGUGGGAGAGGCUUGUUCAGGGCCCAGCAGAGACCAUCAUGAAGAUGUUCCUAAUGGACAGAGAUGAAGAGGAAGUCAGCAACGAUCUCUGCUCUCUGCCCAGGUGGCCCAGUACCUCAACCUGGAGCUGCCCAUCCUGGAGGGGGUUCUAGUGAAGCUGGAGGAAGAGGAGAACAGAGCGGUGCAGAGAAUCACCACCAAGUACAACCAGCAGCAAAUAGUCUUGUCUCAGCUUCUCAGCUCCAAGAUCACCAAGACCGAGACAGAGGUGUAAGGAGUGGACUUCACACAGACUGGACUUCACACAGACUGGACUUCACACAGACUGGACUUCACACAACACAUACCAGAACAACAGUACACAGAAUACAUGAAGGGACAUAGUGUCCAGGGAAGAGGACGUUCAAGAUUAAACUAAUACUUGUGACCCAAAUGGCACCCUAUUCCCUAUAUAGUGCACUACUUUAGACCAGAGCCCUAUUCCCUAUAUAGUGCACUACUUUAGACCAGAGCCCAAUUCCCUAUAUAGUGCACUACUUUAUACCAGAGCCCUAUUCCCUAUAUAGUGCACUACCUUAGACCAGGACGUUGCGCUGUAUAGGGAAUAGGGUGCCAUUUGGGACUCAGACAUACUACACCAUAACUAAACCUGAAAGACUGCAGGAGGAAACAGAUGUCCAGGGAAGGUAUUGUUCAAUGUCAACCUGAAAGAUGAUGAUCAGUGAUGAACUGAAAGCAACAAGUAGAAAAAAGUUAAAUAUGGAAAUAUUUUUCAAUGAACCUGAUGCAUCUAAUAGAAAGCCCUUUUGGUACCAGAAGGACUAGUCAUCCCUCCACCUACACAGCUGAACUAGUAGUCAUCCCUCCAACUACACAGCUGAACUAGUAGUCAUCCCUCCACCUACACAGCUGAACUAGUAGUCAUCCCUACACCUAGACAGCUGAACUAGUAGUCAUCCCUCCACCUACACAGCUGAACUAGUAGUCAUCCCUCCACCUAGACAGCUGAACUAGUAGUCAUCCCUCCACCUACACAGCUGAACUAGUAGUCAUCCCUCCACCUACACAGCUGAACUAGUAGUCAUUCCUCCACCUACACAGCUGAACUAGUAGUCAUCCCUCCACCUACACAGCUGAACUAGUAGUCAUCCCUCCACCUACACAGCUGAACUAGUAGUCAUCCCUCCACCUACACAGCUGAAAUAGUAGUCAUCCCUCCACCUACACAGCUGAACUAGUAGUCAUCCCUCCACCUACACAGCUGAACUAGUAGUCAUCCCUCCACCUACACAGCUGAACUAGUAGUCAUCCCUCCACCUACACAGCUGAACUAGUAGUCAUCCCUCCACCUACACAGCUGAACUAGUAGUCAUCCCUCCACCUACACAGCUGAACUAGUAGUCAUCCCUCCACCUACACAGCUGAACUAGUAGUCAUCCCUCCACCUACACAGCUGAACUAGUAGUCAUCCCUCCACCUACACAGCUGAACUAGUAGUCAUCCCUCCACCUACACAGCUGAAAUAGUAGUCAUCCCUCCACCUACACAGCUGAACUAGUAGUCAUCCCUCCACCUACACAGCUGAACUAGUAGUCAUCCCUCCACCUACACAGCUGAACUAGUAGUCAUCCCUCCACCUACACAGCUGAACUAGUAGUCAUCCCUCCACCUACACAGCUGAACUAGUAGUCAUCCCUCCACCUAGACUGCUGAACUAGUAGUCAUCCCUCCACCUACACA